CAAUAAUUUUCCUGAUGAGAGAUGAGGUCUCGAAUUGUGUGCGUAUGAAGGGAACCACAGGAGAAAGUGGGUUUCAGGCGCACGAGCUUCGACUGUGAGAGCGGGGAGUUUAGGCACUGUAGCGUGUCCUGGGAGUCACAUGUGCAACAAUCCCAUGGUUGCCUUUCAUGCUAACCCGAUCCACAACUAUAUCGCGGUGGAGAUGCACAGGAGAGAAAGACAGGAGUUUCGAAGGUCUACGCAUGCCGCGAACCCGUCGUUACUUCCUUUACUAGGAGAGGAAGAUGGUAGUUUUAUCAAAGAACGAAGAAGAGUGUGGGGCUUGUUAUCAAGAUGCUAAGUCGGGAUUAGCCGGCCAAAAUCAUUCAAAAUUACCAUCAAAUUUGCAAAACAGGUUGAUACGUAUGCUCUUACAAAAUUUUUGGAUAGGAGGCAGAAGGAAUGCCCAUAUGAUGCCAUUACUGCUUUGGAUAUUGUUCUCAGAGAGACUCCCUCAAAUAAGUGUGUUACAAUUUCAAGAUCAUUCUUUUCACGUGAUUUUCGGGUGACUGAUAUUGGCCAAGGUUUAGAAUGUUGGCAGGGUUAUUUCCAAAGUCUUCGACCAACACAAAUGGGCUUAUGCUUGAACACUGAUAUUUCUACAACGCCUUUCUACAAGGCAGGGUCUUUAUUAGACUUUGUCAUGGAAUUUUUUAAUAUUCGAUCGGUUCCUCAAACUUUAUCUGAAAAGCAACGUCUUGAGAUACAAAAGGCAUUGAAAGGAGUCCGGGUGGAAACAACUCAUUUAGUACAUGUGUGUAGACGCUACAAGAUCACAGGGUUUACAUCACAACCUGCUAGUCAGCUGAUGUUUACUCUUGAUGGACCACAGGGAGGAACUGAAAUAUCUGUGGCCAAGUACUUUGAAAUAAAACACUUUUAUGAAAUUAAGUAUGAUUUACUACCUUGCAUUAAAGCUGGUAGUGAUAGCAAGCCAAACUAUUUGCCAAUGGAGGUAUGCAAUAUUGUGGCUGGACAGAGGUAUAUUAAGAAGUUAAAUGAUUUGCAAGUAACUCGGAUAUUAAAAGCAACCUGUAUGCGUCCAGUUGAUAGGGAGAAAAGCAUUUUUAAGCUUGUCGAUAAAAAUAAUUAUAAUAAAGAUAAGCAUGUUUUGAACUUUGGUAUGAAGAUUGAUACUCAUCUCACCACAGCUGAAGCACGAGUGCUACAUCCGCCAAAACUGAAGUAUAACGAUCGUGGUCGUGAGACGGAUUGUGAACCCAAAGAUGGGAAAUGGAAUAUGUUUAAUAAGAAAUUUGUUAAAGGGGGUACUCUUAAUACUUGGGCAUGCAUAAGCUUUUGUCGUCACAGUAUGGCUGUCAUUCAGGAUUUCUGUCGUGAACUAGCUCUCACGUGCAACAAUUUUGGAAUGGUUUUCAAUGAUAUUCCUGUGCACUUCUCUUCACGCCCGCCAUCAGAAAUAGAUAAAGCCUUAUAUGAACUUCACCGUCAAUAUGUUAAUGCCAUGCCACAGCUACAAUUGCUAAUUGUUUUUCUCCCAGAAGCUAAGGGUACAUAUGGCAAGAUAAAAAAAAUAUGUGAAACUGAGCUUGGUAUUGUUACUCAGUGCUGCCAACCAAAACAUCUACAAUCCAAGCCAAAUAAACAAUACUUUGUAAAUUUAGCUUUGAAAAUAAAUGUGAAGGUUGGGGGUUCUAAUACUUAUCUUGAAGAUGUCAUUACAAAGCAAGUCCCUUUGGCUUCAAAUGCACCCACUAUUAUAUUUGGAGCUGAUGUGACCCAUCCGUCCCCAGGAGAAGACUCUUCCUCCAUUGCUGCGGUGGUUGCAUCUAUGGAUUAUUUUUUAGUAAAGUACAAAUGUCUUCUAUCUGCACAACCGCGCAGACAAGAAAUUAUAGAGAAUCUCUUUAAAAUGACUGACAAUGGUCCUCAGGGAAUGAUAAGGAAACUACUUCUAGAAUUUUAUAUUGAGAGUAAUGGGCAUAAACCUAAGCACAUUAUAUUGUACAGGGAUGGUGUUAGUGAAGGCCAAUUCAAUAACGUGCUUUCGAAUGAAAUGGAUGCUAUAAAAAAAGCUUGUGUCUCAAUAGAAGAAGACUAUCUUCCACCAGUAACGUUUAUAGUGGUGCAAAAGAGGCACCAUACACAUACGCGUUUAUUUCCUGAGAAUGAGAAUAUGGCUGAUAGGAGCGGGAACAUAUUGCCAGGUACGGUAGUCGAUAGAAAUAUCUGUCAUCCUACUGAAUUCGACUUCUAUCUUUGCAGUCAUGCUGGUAUUCAGGGCACAAGUCGUCCUGCUCAUUAUCGUGUUCUUUGCGAUGAAAAUGGUCUUUCCGCAGAUCAGCUGCAGACGCUAACUAAUAACUUAUGCUACAUAUAUGCUCGAUGCACGCGCUCUGUUUCAGUUGUUGCUCCUGUAUAUUAUGCGCACCUUGCAGCUUUCCGAGCACGAUAUUACAUGGAAGCAGGGUCUGAAUAUGGAUCAAGUCAAAUCAGUGGAAGAACACGCGAGCGAGCAACGACCAUCUCUGCUCUUCCAGCUGUUAAGGAGAACAUCAGGGACGUGAUGUUUUACUGUUAAAAUAUGAGCUGGCGACAAUUUUAAAAAGAAGGGGAUUUACAUG